CCAGCUCCCCGGCCGGGCAGUGGCGGCCCAGGGCCCCGCGUCUACUUUCAGAGCCCCCCCGGGGCUGCAGGCGAGGGCCCGGGCGGCGCGGACGACGAGGGCCCGGUGAGGCGCCAGGGGAAGGUCACGGUCAAGUACGACCGCAAGGAGCUACGGAAGCGCCUCAACCUGGAGGAGUGGAUCCUGGAGCAGCUCACUCGCCUCUACGACUGCCAGGAAGAGGAGAUCCCAGAGCUGGAGAUUGACGUGGAUGAGCUCCUGGACAUGGAGAGUGAUGAUACCCGGGCUGCCAGGGUCAAGGAGCUGCUGGUUGACUGUUACAAACCCACAGAGGCCUUCAUCUCUGGCCUGCUGGACAAGAUCCGGGGCAUGCAGAAGCUGAGCACACCCCAGAAGAAGUAAGGGUCCUUGACCCAGUGGAACGGUGGCUCCCACAGGACAAUCGCUGCCCCCCGACCUCAUAGCAACAGCAAUACCGGGGAGCCCUGUGGCCAGGCCUGGUGCCAUGAGCAGGGCUCCCCGUGCCCCUGGCCCAGGGGCCUCUUCCCUGCCCCUUCAGUUUUCCAUUUUUGGGGUUUUUUAUUGUUAUUAAACUGACGGGACUUUUUGUGUUUUUAUAUUGACUCUGCGGCGCGGGCCCUUUAAUAAAGCUAGGACAUGCCUUUGGUGCAGCUCAAAGG